AUGGAGAUGUCAGCCGUGUUUACGAGGGCUGCAGUGGGCGCCGUUGGGUGGGGAUGUUCCUCGUCUGGUAUUCUUCGCUGCGUUUGAUCUUGCUAAACUUUGUCUGUCCUUCGGGGUGCUCCGAUCUGUAGAUCUCCUGUGUGAGUUCGGAAGAGAAUUCUUCCGCGGUUCUAAUUGAAAAUGUUUCUCUGCCGUCAUUCAUGCUCCAGUACGAUGUUGAGGGGUCUCCAGCACGUACUACCUCUUCCCCCCUUGCACUUUCCCUGAUCCUUAGAGUGCCACUCUGAAGCUUUCUGCCCCUGAGAUAAAGACCCGUCUCCCAUUUCCUUCUAUUUUUGGCGCUCUUAUCAUUUUUCUAUCAGAAACAAACGAACUUUCGCGGUUGAUCGUGUGUUGUCGUGAAGAUAAAUCCAGUGGUGCCUCUUAUCAUUCCUCUCUGACAGAAUCAACCCUUGUGCGUCAUCCCUUUCAGCACUCCUGAUUGUGGUUGACGAGUCAGUGGUUUGAACGCAUCUGUAUUUCUUACGUGUGAACAAUGAGGUGAGAGAAAGUAGCAUCGUCAUCUGCUCGAUCGUGGAUCAAAGGGUACGAGAAAAUGGUGUCAGCAACCUGGUUGAGGAAUGUGACUGCCAAAGUCCUGCUCAGAUUAUGUUUUUUUUAUUAUCAAAUCUAAGCUCGUAGGAUCAGGAUGCAACGAUUUGAGUUCCCUUUCGGAAUUAAAAAGAGUUUAUAUGAAGAAGAAAACAGCAGCAGUUGAUGUCUAGCUUAGGUGGUGCCAUGGAUUCGCUUCAAAUAAUUUUACAUUGGAUGUACUAAAAAAUGCAAAUCCAAUAAUCAUUUAGUCUGUUGUUGGGGUGAUGAGAGAAUACAAAUACUAAGGAUCAUCUGGUUUCUACACAAAUUAUAACGCAAAUAAUUUCAAGGAAAGGAGUGGAUGAGAUCCUUUCCUGGAUGUCGGAUUAUUUUUGGUGAUCGCUGGAUUUUUUGGAUGAUUGGAUCUCAAGAGUUUGUAUGCUUCUUGGAAGAAUGUGUUCUAUGCUUCUCUGGUGUUUUCGUUGAUAUCCUCGUCUAUGUUUUCUAGAAUUCAUGGAAUAAUGAAGCAUCCCAGCGGACUUGACGCGAGUUUUGAAAACUCCUGCUGAUAAGAAAUCAAUGAUAUGGGUGGUGCAAUAUAUGUCAGCUGCAGUACUGCGUAGAAUAUGCUCCGCAGCUGAAUCCCAUUAUUUCUAUUUCCUUAUUUGUCCUGAAACGUUUAUCCGCUGUGCUACUCGUCUGCCAUUUUGUUUUGCUGUUCUUUCACAAAGUUCUUUUCAUCAUCGCAGGUUUAUCCACUCCCAAAGUGGGGGGAUAUAAUUGUUCAUAUAAAAAUCAGCUGCUCAUUCCCCCAACUAAAACGACGAGGCCAGCAAUAAUGUGUCAAAAUAAAUCCCAAAGCCCCAAAAGCAGCUUUAUAAAGGUGCUUCCGUUUCCUUUGUCCUAGUUUUCUCCUUCACAGCGUUGUGAUUGUUAAUUCUUUCUGCGUGUACCAGGUUUUUUCCUCUUUUAAUCAAGUGACUCAUGUUCUGGAAGAAAGGUAAUAAUUUCUUUCAACAUAACGUUUGCCAAGCGCAUCUGCAUUCUUGUUUAGGUUCUACAAACUAAUGGAGCAUGUCUUCAAAAAAUCUAGUGUAUAUAUCUUUUAUUGUCUUACUUUCCUCUAAUUUUUAUCAUUAACUCUUCUGUUCUCUUAAAAUGUCAAAAUACUAUUUUCUCUUAUUCAAAUUAUUUGACAUUCGCUUAUCAGAUCCUAUCGUGUCUGAUUCCCUAGAUACCCUGUAAUUUAUCUAUGUCAAGGUACUUAGAGGUAUUUGUUUGGAAUUGAUGAAUCUGUCUGCCAUGUGCAUGCCACUGUAACCGAUCAAUGCAUGCGCUUGCUCUAAUCUCACCAACGUAUGACGCCCGAGUUCAAAUCAUGCUGCCACUGAAAGUGAGUAAUGGGCUUAAGACAUGGAGGGGGUCCUGGCUACUGAGAGUUUACCCAUAUUUCCACUAUUUCCCAUUUUUUUCCCUUGUUCUACUUGAUCAAACAUAAAAUUGUUCUAAAGUGGUGUCGGGACUGAAAAUUCGACUUCAAUGGGAUCAUUUUUGAAAAAAAAAGGUACAGGGUUCGGUCAUUGGGUGUGGUAUGAUGCAUUGCAAAAUACAUUUUCAUUGGUAUAUCACGAUUGAUGAAAUUUUUGCCCACAAUCCUCUCUUGCUUAGUCUGAGCUUUAAGGCGGAAAUAAGUGGGACAAGACCUUAUCUGCAUUGGGGGGCUGCCCCACUACGCCUGCUGAUGUAGCUGCUGAUAUGGCAUCUCAUUAUUGGUCUCAUUGCUACUUCAUUACUAGGGGUCAAGUUAUUGCCUUCGUUUGCUAAGAAAUCAAUAUCUAUUUUUACUGAUGAGAAAAUGGAAUAUUGAAGUCUCUUAAUCAAUGGACAACUAGUGGUGCUUUCAUGUGGUGUAUACAUUCUUAUAAUAGUAAUGCACGUUGUUGUGUGUUCUUUAAACCUAUAAUCAAUGCGUUGUUGAAAUAGUUUUUUAAUACCAUAUCUCGAAUUCAUGCCACUGGCACAUUCUUAUAUGGAAGUGUGCUUGAUUACUCUAAAUUUUGAAGUUUAACCUGAAAAGAAAACAACAGUUGCUGAUCUUUACCUCGUUCUAUCAUUCCUUUUCUUUUAAAUAUCUCACAUAUACUUGAUUUUUAUGUCUAUGAUUUUUCGGAGUAAUGGUUUGAUUUGGACUUAAUAGGAAUUUCAUCAUCAUUGAAAACUUAUAGAUUUUAUGAUUUUGUUUCUUUUUCUUGGUUACCAUCUUACCUUAUUCAAAUUUGAAUUUGAACAUUGUGCUGACCUUAUAACUGGGGUACUGUGGAGGCUGGAGUCAUUCUGUUGAUCUUUCAUUCUCUAGAAAUUGCCAACCAGCUUGUCUUGAACAAUUUUUGCCGAAAAAUAUGUUGUGCAAUAUGUUUCACACUUAAAUUUAAUUUGUAUUGUAGGUCUAUGGAAGAGGUGUACGAUGCUCUAGCUGCACGUCUGUUUCAUAAUAUGACAAGAUUGGUCAAUCCUAACGCUAAGUAUGCUUUCAUUCAUUUUUGUGUCUUCUUGGUUUUGUUUACAAAUAUGUACAUAUGGUGCAUAAAUUUACUCUCUCCAUCCUGUGAUCAUGAAACUAUCCAAGUGAGUAGAUAUAUGGAUCAGCACUUAACUGACCAAGGAGAGGGGCUUUAUGUUUAAAAAUUCAUUUAGGGAGGAACUUUCUUAAUUCUUCUUUGUUAGAAGAUUGGGUACAUUCAGUUGUUUAACCGUGGAGAGGCCUUUGAGAAUUGUUGCCUUCAUAUGUUUUGUGCCACUUCAUUUGUUUGAAAAUAUAUGUUACUCACGCUUUAUUCUUUUUUCAUUGUCAUAAACGUUCGGACUGAAUUGCGAAACGCAUCAUAAUUCUAGUUCUUGAUUUUUAGAAGCACAAGUUCCAUAAGUUUGCAUUCAUUGUUGCCUCCUUUACGAUACGGUUGUUGAUGAACAUGUUGUUCUUUCUUGGCUUUUUCUUUCAUGAGAGCAAAGGAUUUGAUGGGAGGAAGAAACAUCAUAUCUGAAGGAUUCAUGGAUUGUUUCUCUGUACUAGACCCUAAUACUCUUAUCUGAAGAAUUCAUCGAUUGUUUUUCUCUGUACAAGAGCCUAAUGCUCUUAAAAAGCCACUGUUUUCGUUAUGUUGUUGAAUCUGUUGUUGUUUUCUGCAGGUACUUAGUCGGUUUAGCUGGGCCACCUGGUGCAGGUAAGAGCACUGUAGCCUCUGAGGUAGUCCGUCGUUUGAACAGCAUUUGGGCACAAAGGGUUCCCAAUGGGAAUCCCAUUGAUGUUGCUACAUUUAUUCCCAUGGAUGGCUUCCAUCUUUACCGUUCUCAGCUGGAUGCCAUGGAGGUAAGUUUUUCAUUCCUUGAUGAGAUCUAGGCGAUCUUUUUUUCUUUUUACUCCAUUGCCAUCGUAGUUUGCAAUGCCAGCCCAUUCUGAAACGUAAAUCAUUGAGGUUACCCAUUGAAUAAUGCUUUACUCUUCAAUGCACCAGGAUCCAAAGGAAGCAUAUGCCAGGAGAGGAGGUGCGAUUGUCUGAUGGGUUAAUCAGAGAUUCUAGAUACUAUGUUAUGCAAAAGAUUCUAAUUCCAAAAUCACUGUGUCCAGCUCCAUGGACGUUUGAUCCAGUUCUGCUCCUAAAAUGUCUUCAGACGCUGAGAACGCAGGUCAGCUACGUUUUUUGUUGGUUACGCCAUCCAUUUUUUUUGUUUUUUUAUCUUUUAAAUUUAGUUAAUUUUUGACUGAAGUUCAUAGCUCUAUGUCCCAAAUUGUUGUCUAUUUUUCCCGUUGACUUUUGGACAUUGACUUCAAUACGACUUUUAUGGCUAAUAAUGAGCUAUUGAUGUUGAUAAUUCUCUGCAUUCGUGGUCAAUUCAGGGCUCAGUUUAUGCGCCAUCAUUUGACCAUGGUGUUGGAGAUCCGGUGGAAGAGGAUAUUUUUGUUGGCCAUCAGUAAGUUGAUAGUAGUUCGAAUUCAUUGUAAUGAUUGUUAUCGAAUUCAUUCAUGUUUUCAUGGGGAGACCUGACUUUCUUGAAACUGUGAUUUGACCUCCUUUUUUUUUUAUAUAUUUUAGUCUGACCAUCAAAAACCGGAUAAAGGCUGAAAAAACCUGUCAAUUCGUUGCCCAAAAAGCUUGACAAAGCUGGUUAUAACCGUAUGAUGCCAUUGAAACAUCAUAACUAUUGUUAACCAAAACAUUAAUCCUUUUGUUUUAUCUGAUCAUACUACCUGAACACGACUUUCAUUAAAUGUCUCAUUUCAUCGAUCAUAUUCUAUGGUGUACAGAAACCAUGUCUGGAAUCAGAUUGUCAACGGAAAUUGCUUUCUCAAUGACAUGAAAUUAGUACUAUAAUAUUCUCAAAAUAGGAGUCACAUCUUUUUAGGAGCUUCAUACUCACCUCUCUUCUGCGAGCAUUUUCUGACAGGCCUUCCUGUUUUAAAGGCCCCUGCUUUCUCAAAAUUUCUCUGUUAGCCAUCCAUGAAACCACCUGUAUGAACUUGACGUUGACGAUUUGUAGCCUCACCCAGCCUGGUCCUUUUCGACAGUCAUAAAGCAGUGAUCGUCGAAGGGAAUUACCUUUUCCUGGAAGAUGGUGCUUGGAAGGAAAUCUCCUCCAUUUUUGACGAAAAAUGGUAAGUUUCAAGCUUCAGUUCAUAACUUAUUAUUCAUGAAUGAUACUCUGCCUGUUGUGUGGUCUGCGCUGAAUAAGAUAUUCAUCUAACACAGGGAUCGAUUUUCUCACUGUUCUGGCUUGAUUUGUAGGUUUAUUGACGUUGACUUAGACACAGCAAUGCACCGAGUUCUUAAAAGGCACAUAUCCACAGGUAUUGCUGCUAGCGGACAGUCUCUCAUGAAUAAUAAAUCAUUUUCUGUUUGUAGAAAUGAUCUUUGCCCUUUGUUCUUCUUUCUGGCAGGGAAAACAGCAGACGUUGCAAAGUUGCGGGUAAUCCCCCCUUGACUUAUGCUAAUUAUCUCGGAGCAUUGAAUAAUAUCAUGUCGCCUAAACUGACUCAGAAGAUGAAUAUUAUCAUGAUUUUAGCGGGCCGGUUUGGGAUUAAAACCUUCAUUAAAAGGGGAGUACUUGUGAUUCUAUCAGGUUGUUUAGGGUUUACCAGUGCCACCUCGAUUCCAUCCAAUGAAUCUGGACCAGGGCAGGCCAUAUUUUCUCCGUUUUUGACAUUAAGUAUUGGGAAAAUUUGUCAUGGAAAUAUAAAGUCAACGCCUUGUCAGCUCUUGUUUUGACCGUUCAACGUCCGCUCUGAAAUUUUCUUGGUGUUCUUCCCCCAUUUGACGAACUCAGGUGGAGUAUAAUGACCGGCCGAAUGCGGAGCUUAUCAUGAAGUCGAAGAAGGAUUCUGAUGUGGUAAUCAAGUCCGUGGACUGGGAUGGUUGA